CUACAAUGUUGGUUUAACAGCAAUAAAGGUAGAUGCCAAUGACACCCAUUCCGCAUAAUGCUAGAAAAGUUAUUGAAAACUUCAGCUAUGCACUUACAGAUGCAAUCGGAAAGGGCUUCAGUUCUGUAGUGUACAAAGGUAGGAACGAUGAAACCAAUGAAAUUGUUGCAAUAAAGGUUAUUGAUAAAAAGGGACUUAAAACACCUUUGCAUCAUCAACUAUUGAAAUCAGAAGUGGAAGCAUUAUCGCAACUAAACUCCAAUAAUAUCAUGAGAUUGUAUAAGGUGUAUUAAACUGAGAACAACACCUAUCUAAUAACAGAGUAUUGUGAUUCUGGUGAUUUGGGAUCCUUAAUAACUAAAUAGGGGACAUAAAAAGAACCAUAGUUACAAAGGUUGUUCUAUGGCAUAAUAUAGGGAUAUAAAUAGAUGAAGCAAAAGGGUAUUGUGCAUAGAGAUCUCAAACCAGCCAAUAUUCUACUGAAAGGACAAGUUCCUAAGAUAGCAGAUUUUGGAUUUGCAACUACUCCUUAGACUGUUACCACCAUGCCCAAUGUUAAUGUAGGAUCACCAUUGUACAUGAGUCCUCAGGCUUUUAAGAAUAGAUAUUCUGAAAAAUCUGAUAUUUGGGCUUUGGGUGUUAGUUUAUUUGAAUUACUAUUUGGGUAAGUUCCAUGGCAAGCAGGGACUGAAAGAGAAUUGGCUUAAAGGAUGGCUACUGUUCCUGUGAAUUUCCCAGGAUAAAUUUCAGAUGAAUGCAGAGAUUUCAUUCAGAGAUGUCUGGUAGUUGAUGAGAACAGAAGGGCUACAAUUGAAGAAUUAGAAAGACAUGUCUGGUUACAAAGAUAAGAAUUGCAAGUGAUUAAAGGGAAUGGAUUUUAGGGUAUUUUUAGAGGCAAGUCAUGGCGGUUAGUAAAAUCACAUUCAAUUUCACAAUAUCUAAAGUAAUGGUUGUGUCACUACUACUUCUCCUCUAGGGGAUGCUCAUAAUAAAUAGUAGAUCUUAAUGUAACCAAGGGAGAGCAAUUAUGGAAAAGAAAAUACAUCUUCAAUACCUAGAUAAUAGCAAGGCUGUAUUUAGUAACAGCCACUUAAAUCGAUUAAAAGAGUCCAAGAAUCAAGGAAGGAGUCCCAAGAUGA